CAUUGGACUAACUUUCUUCUUCAUAUCAUAGUCCUCUCUUACUCCUGCUCCUUUCUUCUCCUUUAGAGUUCAUCUCCUUCCUCUCUUAUGUCUUUGUUGUGGUAGUCCAGUGCAUGCAUUCUGGUGAUGGCUGAUCAAGGUGGUAGCAGUGCUGUAACAGUGAUGAGGGACUAUAGGAAAGGGAACUGGACGGUGAAUGAGACAAUGAUUCUAAUAGAGGCAAAGAAGAUGGAUGAUCAAAGGAGAAUGAAGAGAAGUGAAAAUGAAGGGAGGAGCAAGCCUGCAGAGCUGAGAUGGAAAUGGGUUGAAGACUAUUGUUGGAGAAAAGGGUGUUUGAGGAGCCAAAACCAGUGCAAUGACAAGUGGGACAAUCUGAUGAGGGAUUACAAGAAAGUGAGAGACUAUGAGAGGAGAUUAUUAUCUGAGAGAGGAGACAGUGGAGAUCAUGAUGGUGGGCCUUCUUCUUCUUCUUAUUGGAUGAUCGACAAGAACGAGAGGAAAGAGAAGAACUUGCCUUCCAAUAUGUUGCGUCAAAUAUACGAGGGUUUGGUCGAGGUGGUGGAAAGGAAAGGUGUUGGUUCUACAUCGGCAACAGCAGCAGCAGCAGCAGCUCAUCAAAGGGUGAUGAGUGGUGGCGGAGGCGGCCUUGGGCUUGGAUCCAUUCCCAACAUUGGCUAUGUGGUUGAUAGGAUUGAACCUCCAUUGCCUCCUUUGUUGCAGCACCACAACCCAUCUCCAGUUUCAGUAGCGGCACUGCCGCCGCCGCCACCACUGCCACCUCCUCCAUCAGCCCCACAACCUCCCCAACCUCCCCAACAACCACAACAACCUCAUAUUGCAUAUCCUCAACCAUUGCCCUCCCUAGAUUCUGAUACAAGUGAGUAUUCAGACUCACCAGCAAAGAGGAGGAGAAGAGGUGGUGGAGAAGGCACAAGUGGUGGUACUACUACUGCAAGUGGAAGCUCCUCAAUUGAAGUGGGUUCUGCAAUUUCAAAAAGUGCUUCCAUUAUAGCUGAAGCCAUUCAAGCCUCUGAGGAGAGAGAAGAGAGAAGGCACAGAGAUCUUUUGAGUUUGCUUGAGAGAAGAUUAAAGAUCGAGGAAUCCAAAACUGAGGUCAAUAGAGAAGGCAUUAAUGGCCUUGUUGAUGCCAUUAACAACCUGGCAAAUUCUAUCCUUGCAUUGGCUUCCGAUAGGACUCAAACGCCUCCACAAUGAUCUUCCCUUCAUCCAUGAUCCAUCUCACCCAUCAAAUAACAAAACAAUUUUUAACAAAACGAUUAUUAUUAUUAUUAUUUACAUUUGAGGUGGUAGAGCUGGCUAGCUAUUCUCCCUGUACAUAGGUGAUGGUGCUUAUGAUGGUUCAGUCGUGUUCUAAAUUUCCUGAUUCAUUCAUGUUGGAAGUUGGAAUAUUAUCACUUUGAUUAAUCAUUAUUUAUAUUUUCAUUAUGAAAUAUCAGUUUGAUGCAGUUAAUUU